UCUCCCUUUAGAUUGGGGUUUCUUCCAUACGAGAUCGGGCGACUCCACCGCGCUCUACAUUUACCAAUCCAUUUCUCGUACGACCGAGCAAAGCCCGAUCGCGACCCCCAGCCCCCGCCGCCACCGCCGCAGCCGUGGUUCCGUGGGCUGGCUCUUUGUCGUCUACCCGAGGAUCUCCGUCUCUCCUGCUCCUGGUCCUCCCACCUGAGCACCCCCUGCGGAGAUCCAUUCGGCCUAAAGAUUUCGUUUCUUGGUGUGUUCUACUGGUCAGAGUUGUAAUUUGCAAUCUAGCCAUGGAAGACAACAAUGAUGAGCUUCUUGAUGAGCAAAAUGAAGCAGUGGAGGCCCAAGUAUCUCUUCCUCAGGAUAUCCAGCAGACAGCUCUUGCUUUCCUACCUGGUAGGGUUGUCUUUAAGCUUCGUGCAGUGUGCAGAUUCUGGCGAGACUGCAUUCAAGUACCUAGUUUCGUUGAUCGUCACCUCAACAAUGCUCUCUGCUUCCACCAGUCCAUUGCUUUCUUCACCUCGGUUGAUGAUGGUCUUUUCUGCAUGUACACAUUUGAUCCCACAACAUUGAACCGAAAAAGCUUGGAUUUCGUAUUGUCAUUUAGGUUUCAGAUGUCAGAUCCCUGCAACGGCUUGGUGUGCGCCUAUGAUUCAAGAGGCGCUGUUGAGGUGUUGAAUCCAUUGACAAUGAAACAUGUGAUACUGCCAGUUUCAGAACACCAGUCACGAGCUCUUUCUUCAGAAUAUUUUCUUGGAUCUGUGCAGUCAAAAAAUGAGUACAAGGUGGUUUGUAUCCGCCACCGGGUGCGCUUCUUGACAUUUGAAGUGUGCACUGUUGGCACACAGUUAUGGAGGGCGGUCCGUGAAUCUGCGAACUUAUUGAAGACAACAAAGGCUGUCAUUGUUAAUGAUGUCAUGCAUUGGCUGCUUCUUGAUGCGGCAUCUGAUUUUACUCGGAGGAUCCUGUUGUUCAACCUGACAGAUGAGAUAUUCUCAGAAACUGCUGUUCCAGAUACUAUUAAAGACCAUAAUUUGGAACUAUUUGAGGGGGAAGGAAAGCUUCAUUUGCUGGCAAUGCCCAGUAAGGGAUCUGCAUCUGAAGUCUCAGAGAUUUGGGUGUCAAACUCGGCGUGCACAGUCUGGGACCAUAUGUGCAACAUCACUUUUCUGCUACCUCCAGGUAUGCGACCACAUUUCCUGCACAAGAAAAAGCUCUUCUAUGGCAACCAAAAGAGAUUCUACUACAUUGAUCUUGAGGGCGGGGGUGGUUCCUAUAUCAACGUUCCAUCUGAUGAAACUAUUGUAUCGUCUGGGAUUUUCGUGGAUAGCCUUCUUCUACAUUCGGUGACUGGCUUGGUGGACUCGAGAACAUUGUUAAUGGGUUCUGAUAAUGCUGGAUCAUCUUCUCAUGCCGCUGGAUCAUCCUCAUCAGGCGCUGGACAAUCUUUCAAGGAGGCAAAGAGCAAUAGGAAAAUGAAAUGGAGGCUGACACGGAUUUCUGCAAAAAAAACCUAGAUCAUCCAUGGAUAGUUAUCUCUGGUCUGUACAGCAGCUUCGAACUAGUACAUACUUUCCGACAAAGUUUACUGGUAUUCUUUUGUGUAGAGAUGAAGAAGAAAGAGACCAAGGGGUUGGGUCUGGGACAGGGUAGAUCAUAAGAAGAAAAUAAGCAAGUGUAUCUACACCAGUGAUUGUUCAUCUGUUAUCUUCUUAUAUGUACUUAUGUGCUGUACUGAACAACUCUGGACCUGUUGUACUGUACAAUUGAUUUGAU